GACAGAGAGAGAGAAAGAGGGGCUGGACCAGUCCUCGGCAGCUGUUUAUUUCAAGGCAUCUCUCGCUCCCUCUCCCUCAGCCAAGGCUCAGCCUCAGCAAACCUUCCUCCUCCUCCUCCUCCUCUUCCUCCUCCUCCUCCUCCUCUCCUUCCUUCGUCCUGGCCAUGAGAGGCACGGGCAGCAGCAGCUGUGCUCCCCCAGCCCUCUGCUCCGCCGCCCCGGCUGCGCCCCACUUGUCUCCCCGCAAGUGAAGAAGAUGAGACAAGAUCCCGACUGAGCAAAGACACUGUUGCAUCUGAGAUGGAGCCCAGUGCCUGCAGGAUGCCUCCACUCCUCUCCCGCAUCCACUCCCUGCAGCUGUGGCAUCUCCUCCUCGUCGUCUUGGCCGUCCCUCCUCCUGCCACAUGGUCUCUUCGCUCUCGGGGCCCCGCGGCCCCUCGGCCUCUUUGCACCCGCCGGAGCCCCUCGGUCCCGCGGUCCAUUUGCAUCUGGGAAAGGACCUCGCAGCCAGAGCGGGACCCGCGCUCGGCCCCCCCCCCCCCCCCCCCCCCCCCCCCCCGGGCAGCAGAGCUGCGGCACGUGGUGCGGCUGAGGCGCCAGGCCGCGGGCGCCCGGCCCGCCACCCCCUCCGGCUUCGAGGACGGCAUGCCCUCCUCCCAGUACCCCUGGGCCAUCGUCUGGGGCCCCACCGUGUCGGAUGAGGACGGAGGCGACACAAACUCAGCCAACCCGGGCUUCCCGCCGCUGGGAUACACCUUUGUCUCGCCGCACGGGAUGGCGACGGCGCAGCCCAACUCCCACUCGCUCCUGCACAACGCGGGGCUCAACCUGCGCGAGACCCCAGCCACCCUGCGGCCCUUCCUGUUCGGGCCUCGGGGGGAAGGUGUGGACCCCCAGCUGUACGUCACCAUCACCAUCUCCAUAAUCAUUGUCCUGGUUGCCACUGGAAUCAUAUUCAAGUUCUGCUGGGACCGAAAUCAGAAACGCCGGCGUCACUCGGGGCAGCAGAGCAGUGGGAGGCAGCAAGAGAGCCAGCAGCCCCUCACAGACCUCUCGCCCACCACCGUCAGCAUCCUGGGGCCCUACGGCGACCCCCUGACCCCCACACCUGAGGCAGAGGAGUCCAGGCAGGGCCAGGAGGGUGCAAAGAAACUGGGUGGCCACGGGAAGAAUGCAGCCUUCCAGCUGAACCGAAUCCCACUGGUGAACCUGUGAAGCUCCUGGGAGAGGCUGAGCUGGCACCCCAUCCUCCUGUCACAGCUGGCGAGCACGGACUCUCGCUGCCUCUGCUACCCCAAGAAAAGAACAACCUCCUUGUGCCACGGCCCACCACCACCACCAUUAUUAACUAACCGGACUGGGAUGUGCCUGGGCAAAUGGACGAGCCGGGCCUCCUUAGGCUCCUGCUGGGGGAAGGUUGGGGACCCGCCCUGCCCAUGCAGGACAGGGUGACAGAGAGCAGAAUGGUGGGAGGGAAGACAGCUAGUGGCGGUGGUGUGAAAUCUUGACCUCCCCAGCCCCUCUUCUAGCAUAUGUGCACAGACACACUUGGAUUCCAUGACUGUCUCACCAGUGCAUGCCUGCUACCGGGGGUAGGCAAGGUGGAAAGGCGUACCUCUGUCCCCGUGGGCCCUCACCCUCCGUGUGUCCCUUCCCAUGUCGUGUGCUUUGCAGUGAACGUCUGGAGUUCAGUGGCUGCAGGAUUGCCUGCCAGGUGACUUGGAUGGUGGCAGCUUCGUCUGUUCCUGAGACCUUGGCCCUCCUAAGAGUCCCAAGGGUGGGUGAAGCUUGGGCAGAAGAGGCUCACAGAGCACCUGGGCCCUCUCAACAACCCGUUUCCUUGAAGGAAACAUUAUCUUCCCACUAGAUGGAAGAUAUUCACAUCUUUCCAGUUUCUUUCUGCCUAAGACUCCUUUGGGUUUUUUCUCUUCAGCUUGUAUCUUUCUUCCUCUCUCCGUCCACAGUUUUUUCCCCUCAGUUCUCACCCCCAUGCCACUUCUCUUGCCAGUUGAAGUUGGAAAAGAUUCCUUUAGCUUUCCAAAUAUUUUGAUCUGUUGAAAGCCUCCUCGCUGUCCCUCUCCACCCCUUCAGCCUCCUUCAGCAAGGUUUUUCUGAGUAACACCAGUCUAUGAUGAUGCUUUCCAGAAAAUCCAAGGUGAAGCCCUCUGCUCGCCUUGUUAUUUAGCAAGUGUCCUGUACACAGCUAAAGCGUGGAAUACAGACAUUGCUGGGCACAAGGAACUUGAAUUUUGCUGGGCUGAAGAAGAGAUUUGCUUUCAGAUACUCCUGGCACAGGCAACAAGGCAGCAGACAGGACUCUGCACCUGGGAUGACCAAGAGUGGUUUAGAGUUGACCUUGGCAACACUGGAAGGGUUGCCAAGUACUGCUGGUAGGUCUCCUCUGGAGUGCAAGGUUACUGGAAAGCCAAAGGCAGUGCUCCCCAAGGGCAUGAGAGGGGAGUAUCUGGGCUCCCAGGUGAAGCUUCCUUCAGUUCCCCAGCUGGUCAGAAACUGAAAGCAAUGGCACAGGUAUCUGGCCAAAUUGGAUGACUGUGCGUGCCCUUUGGGGCUGCAGUGGUCUGUGGGGCUGGCAGCCACGCUGUCACUUAUUUCUGUGAGCAAGAUCCAUGCAUCUCCACCUCUUCCUAGGCAUGGACCCAUGGGUUUCGGUUUGAGGAAGUGUGAGAUGGCAAAUUUCAGCUUAAUGACCAUAGUUCCUCUUAGCUUUUAUGGACAACUUCAAAUUAAUUAAGAUCCCACACUGACAACCACUGAGGUGAAAAGAGGCACAUUUAGAUUAGGUUGCCCCUGCAGUGUACAAACACCUUUAGCUGCUGUACUGAUGAACCCAGAGGGAGGAAAAUCACCCACAGUUUGAAUGCCCUAAUGUACCAUACAGGAUCUCUGACAAAAGUCAUCUUAGGGAGAGGGAAGUGGGUCUUUCAUCCUGUAUCUCUGCAUUAAAAGCCUGUUAUUUGUAAGACAAAGCAUAGGGAAUUUCAUAAGAGGCCUGGUCCUGCCCGUUUACCCAGCUGAACCAUUAGGUGUUCUCAGGUCCCAUCUGACUCACAGUGAAGGGCAUUUAAAUGAGAGUGUAAAUUACAAUAAGCUUCCCAAAAACAGUAGAGAUUUGGAGAAAAUGACAGGUCAAAUAAAAUUACUGGCUUAUUAAAAGCACAGAGUGACUGAAAGAUGUAGGUGGAAAAGGACUCUGGAGAUCUCUAGUCUAAGCACAGGUUGAGUCUGUGCUUACAGCAGGGGAUAUUAGUGCUUUACUGUAGAUUGAUCUGUUACUGAGCCUGUUCUUAUUCAGGAUCCAUGCAAGGCUUUGGUGCACAUUUAAGCUGCAGAUGGACGGGGAAGGACCAGGUGGUGGUUCCUGCUUGCUGCCCCAUUCAUUGCUGCCUCUGUUUCCCCUCUCCCUGGCACGUCCCUGCUGGGGAAGGACAUCUGCAGGAGACUGCACAGCUGAUUGCUGGCAAUUUACAAUACCUGGAACUGGCUGAAGUAAUCUUCCAGACCAGAUUAAUUAGAUUGUUCUUUGAUCAACAGCAUUUGUUGAAACAAGGCCAGAGUUUACACUCUUCCACUUCAAGGGCUGUCCUUGGACUUUCUCUUUCCACAUGCUGUGUGGAGGUUUGUAAGAAAGUGGCAGGGGACCACAGAAGGCAUAGUGAAAACAUUUUCCAAUACUUGAUGUGGGGAAGCCCUGCACUCUCCUGGGAAGGCUUUUGUAAAUUCUGCAAACAAAACAGAUUUUGGUGGUUUUGGGUUUUUUUCAUUCCCUUUUUACUUGUCUCUGGUUUUGGUAAAAGUAUCUCCAGGGAGUGAAACCUUUCAUGGAUACCGUGCUGAGGAGAAAGCUGGUGAAGCUGUGUAGAGAAAACUUACAACAACAGAGGCUUGGGUAUAAAGAACAUCUUUUCUAAGAGCAAUUUUCCUAGCCAAAUACAUUUUUAUGAUAAUCAUUCAAUCUCUCACACAAAACAGUUUAGAUACAGGGAAACAACUUCAUUGUCCUGCCCAAACAUUUGUUGCUAUGCUUUGUCCCUAGAACAAAACACUCAGAACACAUGUGGACACACAAGCUUCUUCCAGUCAAUAAAUAAUCCCCUCUGUUUUCUCCAUGACUGGAGCCCUAUAAACCAUCUUCCCCUACACAGACUGGAGCCAGAGCAUGCCUGAAGUCUCUACCCUGGCCCAGGGUAAUAUUUUGUAGGAUGUGCACAUGGAUGGGUUGACAGCACUGAGUACCAAGACAGGGCAGAGGAGAGUACCUUCUUAGUCACAGCCCGUCAGGUUUCCCUGUCUUCUAGAUGAAUGGAGGAGAAAGAUUUUUUUUUUUCUUUCCAUUAGGAACAAAAAGUUUCUUUCUUUCCAUUAGAGAGAAAAGUGUGCAGGGAAACCAACUGGAAGU